UAAUACCCACUGUUUCCAAUAAAAAUUUGCAAUGAAAAUCUCCUGCACAAUCACAUUAUGGAGACCAUGAUAUAGCCAUUUCUUAUCAAUAUUUUGAUAUCCAAUUAUAACGUUUGGUGUUGAACUUGCUCUGUUCUGUGGGUAUAUCUUUUAUCUUUACCCUUCAAAAUCUUCUUCUUCUUUAGCUAUAAAGCUUCAAUCUUUAGAUCACACCCACCUUCCCGAUCCACCAUUUCCCAAUUCAUUCUCUCUUCGCAAGAUCUAGAAGCCACAGCGAUGUCUUUUCUUGGUACCCAGCAAAAGUGCAAGGCUUGUGAGAAAACAGUGUAUCCUGUUGAUCAGCUUUCUGCUGAUGGUACUUCUUACCAUAAAGCUUGCUUCAGGUGCUCUCACUGCAAAGGAACAUUGAAGCUGAGCAACUAUUCCUCAAUGGAAGGUGUUCUUUACUGCAAGCCUCAUUAUGAGCAGCUUUUCAAGGAGACUGGCACAUUCAAGAAGAACUUCCAGUCGCCUGCAAAGCUAGCUGACAAGAAUACUCCUGAGCUGACAAGGUCCCCAAGUAAAGCUGCGGGCAUGUUUUCUGGGACACAAGAAAAGUGCGCUACAUGUGGCAAGACUGCUUAUCCAUUGGAAAAGGUAACAGUGGAAAGUCAGGCCUAUCACAAAUCAUGUUUCAAGUGUUCACACGGUGGUUGUCCCAUAACUCCAUCGAAUUAUGCAGCCCUUGAGGGCAUUUUGUAUUGCAAGCAUCAUUUCUCUCAGCUUUUUAAGGAGAAAGGGAGCUAUAAUCAUCUUAUUAAGUCUGCAUCAAUCAAAAGGGCAGCAGCCUCAGUUCCAGAAUCUUGAUUGUUGGUGUCUUGUAUUGCUUUCAAUUUUUUUAAAGAAGAUAUUUGGUCUAUCAAUCAAGUGUUUGUAUGUGUGGCCUUUUUUUUCAAUUGUUCUAUAGUGACUUGAUCCUUUUCUGAUAUUUCCUUCUAUGUCUGGCGUGGAUUUCUUGUGUGAUUUAUUUAUCCAAUGCACAUUCAGUAAUGACCAAUGAGAGCGUGAUUUGCAAGAUCUAACUUUCCAAGUUGAUGACAGCCUUUUGUUGUAUUCUCUACUGGAUGCUGUUGUAUUCUUAGAGAGUAAGGAAAUCAAUUUAUCCUAUUUAUCUGUCCA